AUGGAGGGGACGUUGGAGCUCCCAGCCCUCGGCAGACGGAUGAGCCUCGGUACCCCGUAUGAUUGCCGUAGUCAUCAAAUCAUCUCGCCUGGUGCCACCCUUUGGGACCAAGAGAUCAUAUCAAAACAGAAGGAGGUCAGUGAAAAGAAAAGUCACAAAGUGACCCUCGUGUGGUCCCAUACCUUCAACGACAAAUGCAAAGCUCUUGAAGUAGACGAGUCUCUGAAAGCAAGCAUUCUGGCUGAUUUAGUGCAACCGGCAGGCUCGGCUAAGUUUCUGAGUGAUCAGCCGCCGCCAGAAGGUACAUGUCGCCUUUCCGUGCACUCCAAAGCCACGAGCGUGAUCGAAAAAUUGCCAAUCAAUCAACUGGGAAGUUGCAAAAUUCUGAAUUCUGAAGUGAUAACAGAAGGGAAGGCCACUCACGUAGUGGUGGGGAUUUUGUAUGGGUCCAACACUUUCUUUAUCUUCGACAAAACUUGUGGGGAAGAAACAAAAGAUGAUUGUCUGAAGUCACUCAUUCCCUUUAUGAAUAAAUUCAGGUCCGUCCCGGAUAAGGGGGAAAAGUCAACCACGUUUGACCCUAAGGAAGUUAGCGAUGUAGAGUGCAAGGUUCACAGUGAUUUAGAUGUAGAGGAUUGCCACUUUGAUUGCAAAGCUGCUUCCAAGUUACUGAGAGAGAUACCCGAUAUGAUAAAAGAAAAUGCAGUUCCGGUAAAGUUCUUUUUGUACCCACUGCACAAGCUAGAUUCAAGAGCAGCCAGGGUAUGCAAGGCUGUGAGCGAUGGUCUUCUUUCACAGGCCCAAGAAUUUCUGGAGGGUUUAGAGCGUUGUUCCGCGCGUGCCAGCAAAAUGGCGGCUGAUCCGCUGUGUGUAGAUUUCCCACAGUUUGCCGAGAAGCUCGCGUUUUUCAAACUGAUGAUGAGCGAGUAUAAAACGUAUUUUCAGAGAGACUUUGCGCGCGUGUUGCCCUCAAUCCAGGGAGGUAGCGAUGGGGAAAGCGUCCUGAAAGACAUGCUGCAGAACGCGACAAGUGGGACGCCCUUCAAAUUGGCCAAACUCGAUGCCUGGCUAAAAAGCAAGUGCAAAGAGUUGAGUGCUGGAAAGAGGAAGGAUAUCUGA